CAGCAGUUCAGGAAGAUGGUGGAAAGUAGGAAGUCUUUUAACUUCUGCAACCAGCAGAAGAUCAUGAGGCAGUACAAGGAAAUUGAGACCCUGAAAGCAGAGCAGGAUGAGAUCACCCUGCUUCUGAGUCUAAUGAAGUCCUCGAAGAACUCAGAUCUGAAUGAGAAAAACUAUAUGGAGCUGCGUUUCCUGCUGCAAACCAAGGAGGACUAUGAGUCCUUGAACAGAUCCAUGAAAGUGCUAUUGGCCGAACUGGAUGAGAAGAUUGUUCAGAUGGAAAGAAAAAUCACAAACCAAAAACAGAUCUUUACAAAAGUGCAGGAGGCCAAUAACCCCCAGAAACUGCAAAAACAGAUCCACAUUUUGGAAACCCGUUUGGAUCUCGUCACUGUUCACUUUGACAAUAUGCUGGCCACCAAUGCCAAGCUCCGGAAGGAGAUCGAGGACCUACGUUUUGAGAAGGCUGCUUAUGACGAUGCCUACCAGAAGCUUCACCAGCGCCUGUUGUUACAGAAGAAGACCAUGAAUGUGGCCAUUGAGCAGUCUUCUCAGGCCUAUGGGCAGAGGCUGGAAGCCAUGGCUCGAAUGGCUGCCAUGAAGGACCGUCAGCAGAAGGACAUCUCUCAGUACAACCUGGAGAUCCGAGAGCUGGAGCGCCUCUAUGACCACGAGACCAAGCUCAAAUCCUUUCUGCUCAUCAAGCUGAAUGACCGCACUGAAUUCGAGGAGCAGGCCAAAAAGGAAGAAGCUCUCAAGGCAAAGAAGCACGGCAAGAAGAGCAAGGGGGAGAGUUUUGAGAGCUACGAGGUGGCCCACCUCCGGCUGCUGAAGCUGGCUGAGAAUGGGGACCUGAACCAGCUCAUUGAGGAGUUUCUGGUCAAGGAGGAGACGAAUUUUGCUCGGUUCACAUAUGUCACGGAGCUCAACAACGACAUGGAGAUGAUGCACCAGAAAACCCAGAGGAUCCAGGACGAGAUCAUCUUCUUGCGAUCCCAGGAGAAAUCAUCGCAUGAUGACAGCCGCUCUGUUCUGAAACAGUUGGAGGAGAAACUAAGGAAGACCACAGAGGAGGCAAAUAUGUAUGAGAACAAGUACAAGGAGAUCAGCAAGACCUUGGAGCAUCUCAAGAACUCACUGGAGAAUCUAUUUAAGAAGAUAAACUGUGAUGCCACCAAGAUCCUGGUGCAGUUAGGGGAGACGGGGAAAAUCACCGAUAUGAACCUUCCGCAGUAUUUUGCUAUCAUUGAAAAGAAGACCAAUGACAUGCUGCUGUUAGAGUCCUACAGGCGGAUCCUGGAUGCAGAAAAGGUGGAGGCCGAGGUCCCGUCACCCUUCAUCAACCCUUUCUGGGGUGGCUCUGCCCUUCUCAAGCCCACAGAACCCAUCAAGGUGAUCCCCCCGGUGCUUGGAUCCGACCCCUUCAGCGACAGGUUGGAUGAUGUUGAACAGCCGCUGGACCAUAGCAGCCUUCGGCAGCUGGUGCUCGACAAUUAUAUUUUGAGGGAGACUCGAAAUAAGGAUUCACACUCGGACAGUAUACCUGAAAAGGGGGAUGAUCUGAGGUCCAAGAAGAAGUUAGUGGUCUGA